CACCUCGAAGGUUACUCAACCUUUUAUGUGAAACAAAGUCUCAUAGCUUUUACAUUAUACAUAACUCUCUUUCCUCUAGUUCAAUAUCCUUAUCAAAUUGACCUGCUUUAUGUCGCUCAUAUUUGCAGGAUUUAGCUACAACUGCUGUUAUUUUAAAAUUUGAGCUUAUAUACGCUCCCAUGACUGAGCAAGGUGUCGAAUUGGACCUUCCUCUGGAUGCUUCCUCUGCUGCUAUCCAUGAAUUCCGAAUACCUCCUAAAGCUCUUAUAGGAUUGCAUUCGUAUUGUCCUGUCCAUUUUGACGCUUUACAUGCGGUGCUUGUUGACGUAAGUGUACAUGCCAGUAUACUAAAAGUUGCCACUCAUUCAUUUGCAUCAAAGCUACCAAGCAAUUCUGCCAACACUGAAGUCAUUGCAGAUAAAAGCAGCGACGCUUCGAAUAAAGGCUCUGCCGUGCUUGUUAAAGUAUUAUCAGCUUCUCGUGAUAUAUUGUUUGAAGAACUACACAAAAUUGGCAGAGCAAUUAGUGAAGCUUUAGAUUUUUCAGACUUUGUGUCAAUAGUGAGUAAUAUGAAGCAAGAGAAUCCAUUAGCAAAUGAAGUUGUAGGACAAGGCAAGGCACAAAAUGGUCGUAAGGGAGGAAAUGAAGAUCUAGAUUUUGAGGAUGUUGAAAAACUUUGUUCCCUGUCCCAGAAUGAGCUGAUGGACUGUUUUCAUUCGCUGGGAGAUCAAUUGUCCUAUUUAUGGAAAACAUUUUUAAAGUACCACAGGGAUAAUAAAACAAAGAUUAUGGGAUUUUUACAUGAGACAUGGAUUAGGGAGCGGAGAACUGAAUGGUCAAUAUGGAUGUUAUAUUCUAAGGUAGAAAUGCCUCAUCAGUAUACAAACAGUAAGGGUGAUGAGACUUCCCAGCGUGCCACCAAACGAGUGGCCAGUUUGUGGAAGUUACCUGAUGAUCCUAUUCAGAUUGCAGCCACACGUGCAGAACUUCAUCGAAAGAGCAUUGAACAAAUGCGGAUUAACAACCGCUCAAUUCAAGACAUGCAGAUAUUUGGAGAUCCUUUGCGUACACCAAUUGUUAUUGUUGAACAUGUGUUGAAUGUACCGCGGCGUUUUCCAAGUGAAAAUUCAUUACUGAGACAUAUUGGGCAUAUGGAUUGUGAUGGCUUUCCACUUAACCUUUAUGAUAGUAUAGGCAAGAAAUCGGCACAACAAAGUAAUGAUCGUGUGUUGAAGAUUGUUGUCUUUGUGCAUGGGUUUCAGGGGCAUCAUCUAGAUUUACGACUAGUCCGGAAUCAGUGGCUUUUGAUAGAUCCCAAAGUAGAAUUUCUGAUGUCAGAGGCUAAUGAAGAAAAGACAUUUGGAGACUUUAGAGAGAUGGGAAAUAGGCUAGCUAAGGAAGUUAUUUUAUUUCUUAAAAUCAAAAUGGACAAAGCAUCAAGAUUUGGGAGUUUGACAGAUAUUAGGCUAAGUUUUGUUGGACAUUCUAUUGGUAAUCUCAUUAUAAGAUCAGCGCUAGCAGAUAGCAUUAUGGAGCCAUUUCUAAGUCACCUACAUACAUAUGUUUCAGUAUCUGGUCCACACUUGGGCUAUCUUUAUAGUUCAAACUCAUUGUUCAAUUCUGGGUUGUGGUUUUUGAAGAAGCUAAAAGGCACACAGUGCAUUCAUCAACUCACUUUCACGGAUGACCCUGAUAUCCAAAAUACAUUUCUCUAUAAACUGUGUCAGCAGAAAACCUUGGAACAUUUUAGGAAUAUUAUUCUGCUAUCUUCCCCCCAGGAUGGUUAUGUGCCUUACCAUUCUGCUAGAAUUGAAUCAUGCCAAGCUGCUUCACGAGACACUUCAAAGAAGAGUAAACUGUUCAUGGAGAUGUUGAAUGCUUGCCUGGACCAAAUUCGUGCCAACUCCACGCAACACCGAGUCUUCAUGCGUUGUGAUGUGAACUUUGAUCCAUCUACACAAGGCAAGAAUCUGGACUCUAUAAUCGGUAGAGCUGCGCAUAUUGAGUUUCUGGAUUCUGACAUUUUUGCAAAGUUCAUAAUGUGGUCAUUCCCAGAUCUUUUUCGGUAGCAGUGUGCCCUGAUUUUUGCCUUCUCUGCACUCACUUAUAAAGUUUUCAGGCAUAACCACUCACCCUUGUAUUAGAUUCAGUAACCAAGAGUGUAUAUUCUGCCCUCAAAAUGUUUAUUUGAAAAAUAGCUGUAUAUCUUUAGGGAAGGGAUGUAAUUAUUUGGUUCGGUAGAUCAUUAAUAACUACAAGUUUUAUUAAAGAAUAUUUUAAGAGAAAUUAGAAAAAUGCUU